CGGUACGUUUUCCCUCUCUUCCAAAUUCGGCGGCAGUAAACGUCAGUAAACCUUUGUAAACUGCAUUGAAUAGUUCAAAAUCUUGUUUCUCUUCCUUCUUUCGUUGAAUUUUCCAUUAUUGUAUCGAAGUGCAUUGAAAGUGUGAAACUGUGCGCCAUACUUACUGUUCGCUGAGAAAAGCUCGUAGUGUCUCACCUACAACAUUACCACACGGUUUACUUUGAUUUUGUAAAUAAAAAGGAGCGAAGCGGCCGAUAAAAUGUGCGAGAACGAUAAGUCAGUUAAGUGUGAGAACGCCGAGGAAGAGGACGUAGAGAUGCUGGAUCAGGAUCUGCUCGAGGAUGCACCGUGGAAGCUAAUCCAACGGAACACGUUCACGCGAUGGGCCAAUGAGAAACUGAAAGUUAUAAACAAACGAAUCGACGAUUUGGAGUGCGACUUAUCGGACGGCCUUAUAUUGAUAAGUUUGAUCGAGGUGCUCGCGCAGAAGAGGCUACCGAGGCACAAUCAGAAGCCCACCUUCAGAUCGCAGAAACUCGAAAAUGUGUCAGUUGCCCUGAAAUUUUUGGAGGAUCAAGGAAUAAGAAUCGUCAACAUCGAUUCGACAGACAUCGUUGAUUGCAAGCUCAAGUUGAUUCUUGGAUUACUAUGGACACUAAUUCUGCAUUAUUGCAUUUCUCUGCCUAUGCUGGAGGAAGAAGAGUUCGAAAAUGACAAACCCAUUGCGCCAAACGCAAGAUUAAUGCGUUGGAUACAGUCUAAGAUUCCAGAAUUGCCAAUUAAUAAUUUCACGUCCAAUUGGAAGGAUGGACGAACUAUCGGAGCUCUUGUGGACGCCGUUGCACCUGGGCUUUGCCCCGAUUGGAAAGACUGGAGUCCGAAUAAUGCUUUAUCAAAUACUUCGGUCGCAAUGGACUUGGCAGACAAUUGGCUAAAUAUACCACAGCUCAUUAAACCUGAAGAAAUGAUCAGCCCCAAUAUAGACGAAUUAUCAAUGAUGACUUACCUGUCUCAAUAUCCACAUGCUAAAUUAAAAGAAGGAGCUCCUCUAAAACCACGAUCGAUUCCAGAUAGAGUAAAAGUUUAUGGUCCUGGUAUUGAGCCAACUGGUCCAGUAACGGAUGCACGUAACAAUUUCACCGUAGAAACAUUCGCACCAGGUAAAGUUGACGUUGUGGUAGAAGAUCCUAAAGGAAUCAAAAUUCCGGUUGGAAUAACGUCUCUCAUACGUGAUAACUACUUCGGGCCAAAAGUUGAUACUAUUCCUGAUAAAGACGGAAAAUUCAAAAACUCUGUCUCGUAUAUUCCAAAAACUCAGGGACCGCAUAAAAUAAAGAUAUUUGUUGAUGGAAAAGAGUGUGCAAAUAGUCCCCACACGGUAAAUGUGGGAACACAGUCUGGUGAUGCUACCAAAGUUACAGCUAGUGGGCCUGGCUUACUACCAGAUGGAGUCAUGAUUAAUAAACCAACGUAUUUUGAAAUAUUUACAAAAAAUGCUGGACACGGUGCACCACAAGUUGCAAUAAAGGAUCCUCAGGGAUCAUUGACAACCGUACCUGUUAAAUUAUUUCGAACUUCGCCAGAUGUGUGGAGGUGUGAGUACACUACACCUUCACCCGGUUUACAUCUGGUGAACGUAGUUUUCGCUGGGAAACCUAUAUCUGGAAGUCCUUACCCUGUUAAUGUAGCUCCAGUCUUAGAUAGUAAAAAAUGCAGAGCUUAUGGGCGAGGACUUGUGCCAAACGGUGUACGCGUUAAAGACAACGCGGACUUUACCAUUGUCACCAAGGACGCGGGUGAUGAAGUGCCAGGAGUUAAAGUGAUCGCUCCAGGUGGAAUCAAUUGCCCUGUACAUAUUACCAAAGUCGAUUCGACAACAUACAAAUGUAAUUACACGCCAGUGAAAGAAGGGCGACAUGUAGUAACGAUAACAUACGGCGGAAGAGAUAUUUACAAGUCACCUUUCGGGGUGAACGUUGGUCCGUACAAAGAGUCAGCUAUCAGAGCCUUUGGACCUGGCCUUCAUGGUGGAGUAGUCGAUUAUCCAGCUAAAUUCACUGUGAACACGAACGGCGAGACCGGUGCCCUUGGAUUUUCGAUCGAAGGUCCGUCGAGGGCGAAGAUCAUGUGCUACGACAAUGGCGACGGCACAGCGGAUGUGUAUUAUCUACCAACUGCCCCUGGACAAUACGCGAUUCACAUACAUUGCGAGAAUGAAGAUAUUCCGAAUUCGCCAUACGUCGCGAAUAUUUUGCCAAAAUCUGGCUUCGUUCCCGAUAAGGUUAAAGUGUAUGGUCCAGGAGUUCAAGCGAAAUCCAUUCCUCUCGAUAAACCAACGAACUUUACGGUGGACGUGAAACAAGCCGGCCAAGCACCAUUGGAAGUGGUCGUUCAAGAUGCCAAUGGGAAAGAUGUUCCCGUUCAAUUGGAAGACACUCAUGACGGGAAGAUAAAAUGCCAAUAUACUCCGACAUCUGGAACACAACAUAUUAUUAUGGUGAACUAUGGUGGCGUAGCAAUACCCGAGUCUCCAUUCAGGAUGAAGGUAGACACACCUUUAAAUCCUGCUUUAGUGUCGGCUUACGGGCCUGGUCUCGAGAAAGUGUUGAAAUCGAAUACUCUUGUUCAUUUCGAUGUCGACUGCCGCAAAGCUGGUCCAGGUGAUCUUCGUGUCAACAUUGUGAACUCUGAAGGAAAGGACAUUUUAUUUUCGUUGAAAGAGAAGGAGGAUGGUACAUACACAGUUCAUUAUUCGGUACCCCAGCCAGGAACUUACUUCAUAAACUUGAACUACGGAGGAGUUAACGUACCCUACUGUCCUAUCAAAGUCAAUGUUCAGCCGCACGUAGACAUCUCAAAGAUUAAAGUUGAUGGCCUUGCUCGAACGGCUCCGGUGAACAGCUUACAGCAGUUCCACGUAAUAACUCAGGAAGCUGGAAUGGCAGCAGACUUCCAAGUGGCCAUAACAGCCCCUUCAGGAAAUCGAGUGAAAGCCCACGUGGUACCGACUCACGAUGGCUACUUGGUGAACUUCACGCCGACAGAACUCGGCGAGUAUCUCUUGGGGAUUACUUUCGGCGGAGAACCGAUAUCGAAUCAACCUUAUCGAUUAACCUGCGUCCACGGCUCAGAUCCGGGAAAAGUGAGAGCCUCUGGACAAGGCCUGUCACACGGAAUAGUGAACAAACCCGCUGAAUUCGUGAUCGAUACUCGUGGCGCUGGACAAGGCGGUCUUGGCGUGACGGUAGAGGGGCCUUGUGAAGCGGCCAUUAAUUGCCGCGACAAUGGCGACGGGACAUGUUCCGUUGCCUAUCUGCCGACUGAAAUCGGCGAUUAUGGUAUCAAUAUCACGUUUAACGAGAAACACAUCCCCGGCUCACCUUUUCAAGCCAUUGUCGUGAAGGACGCUGAUUUGUCGAAGAUUAAAGUUACCGGAAACGGCAUUCAACCGCACGGGGUAUGUGUGAACGAACCUGCAGAAUUCACGAUAGAUACUCGAGCAAUGCCAAAAGCGGAAAACGACGGUAAAAAGGUUUCUUAUGUAAUAAAGUAUCCAAGUGGCGAUCAAACCCAAAGCGUUGUUACUCCCGGAGAAGAUGGGACUUACCAUGUUUGUUACGUACCGUUUGAAGAAGGAUGUCAUAUCAUAGAUAUACUCUACGAUAAUAUUCCUAUUCCUGGUUCACCAUUCUCAGUUAACGUUGAACGUAUGGGUGACCCUAGAAAGUGUAAAGCGUAUGGGCCGGGUUUGAAGGAAGGAUUUGUGAAUAAACCCAACACGUUUACUGUAGAAACCAAAGAUGCUGGUAACGGCGGUUUGGCUUUAUCCAUGGAAGGCACUGGCGAAGCGAAGAUGAUUUGCCAAGACAAUUACGACGGCUCGUGCAGCGUUGAAUACAUUCCGACCGAACCAGGAGAUUACGAGUGUUCUAUAAAAUUCGCGGAGCAACACAUUCCGGGAUCUCCGUUCCAAAUCCUAGUCGUGAACGAGAUAGAAGCAAACAACGUAACCGCAUAUGGAUCUGGACUAGAAGCUGUGCGAGAGAAUGUGUUGUCAAAGUUUAUGGUCGACACAUCGAAAUGUAGUCCAGCUCAAUUAGACAUCACACUGAAGACUGACAAAGGACAAGUUCAAAAGCCGGUGAUCAAAAGUCGCGGGGAUGGUUUAUACGAAGUCACUUACCAACCCCCGCCAAUUGGAAGUAACUUGCAAGUUGGAGUGACGUAUGACGGGAAAAAUAUACCUGGAAGUCCGUUCAAACCAAAAAUAUUGCCGUCGGUGGAGCCUAGCAAAGUUGUUCUCUCUGGACCUGGAGUGGCACCCGUUUGCACUGCAUCUUUCCCAAUUGAUUUCGUAGUGGACACUUCGAAAGCUGGCUAUGGAGAUCUCGAAGUUCAAGUACUGGGUCCGGAUCAAGUUCCUCGAAAAGUUGAAAUUCAAGACCUGGGGGAUGGCAAAUACAGGGCAAGAUAUUUACCCGAUGAUUGUGGUCGUUAUCAAAUAAAGGUCCGAUACGGAGGGGUAGAGGUACCAGACUGUCCUAUUUUAAUACAGAGCGUGUCCACGGGAAAAGCUGACGAAUGUAAAAUAAAGGAGGGAAUACAACGCACGCUGACACAGGGUGAAGAGCAAUGCAUUACAAUCGAUACCAUGAACGCGGGUCGUGGCGCUGUAACCUGCAGAAUCAAAUCCACUUCUGGAAGCGAAGUUGUCGAUAUUGACAUUGAGGACAAUGGGGAUGGCACUGUUAGCAUUUAUUACACAGUCGCUGAUGCCGGCGAUUACACGCUCAGCAUCAAAUUCGGGGGUCAACCUGUACCUGGUGGAUUUUACACCUUUACGGCAUCCGAAGAAUACAGAGAGCACAGCACACAAAAAACUCAGAGAACAAGACGGUCCGGUCAAAAGAAGGAGCAACGCGUGAUCGAACAGCAGACCUCCAGUUUGCAAGAUAGUUCUGCUAGCUCGACAAAGAAGAAUUUCAACGUAAUCCGUCUGAACAAAAUUCGUCUACCAUUAUCAGCUGGCACAGUAACAGCCGAAGUAAAGAUGCCGAGUGGGAACAUGGACAAACCAGUCAUCGAAGAUAAUCAUGACGGAACGGUGUCCAUUAGAUAUGAUCCAAGAGAAGAAGGACAGCACGAAGUUGUUGUAAAAUUCAAUGGUGUUCAUGUUCAAGGUUCUCCGUUUAAAUUUCACGUGGAUUCCCUGGCGAGUGGUUAUGUGACGGCGUACGGGCCAGGUUUGGUGUACGGCGUAUGCGGUGAACCAGGAAAUUUCGUAAUAUCGACAAAAGGAGCUGGAGCAGGCGGCCUUUCUUUGGCGGUGGAAGGCCCUAGUAAAGCAGAAAUAUCUUGCCAUGACAAUAAGGAUGGAACCGUUUCCGUGUCGUACCUCCCGACUGCUCCAGGGGAAUACAAAAUUAGUGUGAAAUUCGGAGAUAAGCAUAUAAAGGGCAGCCCGUAUGUUGCGAAGAUCACCGGUGAGGGUCGAAAACGAAACCAAAUCUCAGUGGGCGCGUCCAGUGAGGUUCAAUUACCAGGAAAGGUAACCGAUUCCGACAUAAGAUCCCUGAACGCGUCGAUCACAGCGCCGAGUGGCCUCGAGGAACCCUGCUUCCUGAAAAUGUCACCGAACGGAAACAUGUGCGUCUCUUUCACGCCCCGCGAGGCGGGCGAGCACACGGUCGCCGUGAAAAAGCUGGGCAACCAUAUCCAAAACUCUCCGUUCAAAAUCAGCGUGUCCGACCGCGAAGUAGGCGACGCGAAGAAGGUGAAGGUGUCCGGAUCCGGCUUGAAAGAGGGAAAAACCCACGUGGAGAACACAUUCUCGAUUGACACGAGAAACGCUGGUUUCGGCGGUCUGUCCUUAUCAAUAGAAGGCCCUAGCAAAGCAGAGAUCCAAUGCAAGGACAACGAAGACGGUACUCUGAACAUCUUCUACAAGCCCACGGAGCCAGGUUACUACAUCAUGAACUUGAAGUACGCUGAUCACCACGUGGAGGGAUCGCCUUUCACCGUGAAGGUGUCCGGAGAAGGUAGCAACCGCCAGAGAGAGAAGAUUCAAAGACAAAGGGAAGCCGUGCCCAUUACCGAAGUGGGCAGCCAGUGCAAGCUAACCUUCAAGAUGCCAGGCAUCACGUCCUUCGAUUUGGCAGCCACCGUCACUUCUCCAGGAGGGGUGACCGAGGAUGCUGAGGUCAAAGAGGUCGAAGAUGGUCUGUACGCAGUGGCCUUCGUGCCUAAGGAACUCGGCGUGCACACCGUGUCCGUGCGCUACAAGGAAAUGCACAUCCCCGGAUCACCGUUCCAGUUCACCGUUGGCCCACUGAGGGAUAGCGGAGCGCAUAGGGUCCAUGCUGGCGGGCCUGGAUUGGAAAGGGGUGAACAAGGCGAACCGUGCGAAUUCAACGUUUGGACCAGAGAGGCUGGAGCGGGAACUCUGGCUAUUUCGGUUGAGGGACCUAGCAAGGCUAAGAUCGACUUUAAGGACAGGAAGGAUGGUAGCUGUUAUGUUAGCUACGUUGUCUCGGAACCUGGAGACUACCGGGUAGGAAUAAAAUUCAAUGACCAACAUAUCCCUGACUCGCCGCAUAAAGUUUACAUAUCACCGGCCAUGGGAGAUGCUCAUAAGCUGGAAGUUGCUCAAUUCCCAGAAUCCGGCGCGCAACCAGACAAGCCAGCCACCUUCCUUGUUCGCAAAAACGGUGCCAAGGGUGAACUCGACGCAAAGAUCGUGUCUCCCAGUGGCACAGAAGAUGACUGCUUCAUCCAGGCUAUCGAUACUGACACGUACUCCGUGCGAUUUAUGGCCCAUGAGAACGGUAUCCACAAUAUUCACGUGAAAUUCAACGGUGUUCACAUAGCUGGCAGUCCAUUUCCCGUGAAGGUUGGCAAAGUGGACGCGGACCCAGCUGCGGUGCACGCUUUUGGAAAUGGUUUGAAGGAUAUCAAAACGGGCCAGAAAACAGACUUCAUUAUUGAUACUUGCAAUGCUGGCAGCGGGUCGCUCAAUGUAACAGUUGACGGACCGAGUAAAGUCGCGAUGGACUGUACAGAGGUUGAGGAGGGUUAUAAGGUCAGAUACACGCCCUUGGUACCCGGUGAUUAUUACAUAAGCGUCAAAUACAAUGGAUACCAUAUUGUGGGUUCUCCAUUCAAAGUGCCGUGUACUGGAGCCGAUCUUGCCGAGAGAGGUGCUCAGGAAUCAAGUUCGAUUGUUGUUGAGACUGUUCAAAAAAUUUCGAAAUCUAAACAAACGGGGCCAGUUUUACCAUUAUUCAAAUCAGAUGCUAGUAAGGUGACAAGCAAGGGAAUGGGUCUGAAGAAAGCAUACCUCGGAAAACAAAAUCAGUUUGUUGUGAACGCAGGAGAUGCUGGCAAUAAUAUCCUGUAUGUUGCGGUCUAUGGACCCAAAGGACCAUGCGACGAAAUCACAAUGAAACAUACGGGCCGAAACAAUUACAACGUAAGCUACAUGGUUCGCGAGAGAGGAGAAUACAUAAUUCUCGUGAAAUGGGGCGACGAACAUAUCCCUGGAUCGCCUUACAAAGUCGAAGUAUAAAUAAUUAUACUUUGCAUUAUUGUUUCUUUUCAUGACGAAACUAUAAAUUUGUAACAUUUUUUCCUGGUAUAUCGUCCGUUUAAUCUAUCUUUCAUUAAUUAUAUGUUAAUUUUAAUUAUUUUAAGUCUCAUAGAGGGAAAGGACGAACGUAAGUCCGUUUUACUGUGAACAUCAGUAACACUUUCAACAGUCAUUAUUUGGGGUUUUAUUUUCGAUGAAUCACGAUGAAGCAAUCGUUUACUUGAUAUAACAUGUUAAAUGCCAUAUAUACUAUUCUGUGUAAGAAUACUCGCGUAAGAACACGAAGGUGCUAUUCUGUUACAAAAAGAAAAGAACGUUAUAGCAUUGAAGUACUAUUUAUCGUUAGAAGCCACUUCUAAAAUACUAAGCUAUCGAUGUUGUUAAUUUUGUUUGGUUGUUUAGAGGGAAACAAUAUGUAUGAACGAAUGUAAUGAAUUAGGAUGAUGUAUAAUUUGUACUUUGCAUAAUAAGAGUCUCUAGGCAUUCGUAAUUAAGGAUAGUCGACAAUAUCUGUUGGUGCUUCGUAUUGAUUAAAACAAAUUCCAAAUGUUCGAACUAGCAGUCAAAGUACAAACGCAAAUUUUCUGUGAAAUACUACCUGAAAUAUGGAAUUCAAAUAAUGUCGGUUUCGUCACGAGAAAAGAGGAAUUGUAUAUUCAAAUGCAUGCAGGGUGUUCACGAAAUCAAUGUACAAUCUGGUAAGAGAUGAUACAGCGGACAAAAAUAAGUUGAGAACAUAGAAUAAUAUUUUUCGUUUGAUACGUCCGAGGUAAUAACAUUUCAAACAAUUUCCUUGUUUGGAAAAUUAAAAACAAUGUUUUUAAUUUACUUUUUAUGUGGAAUUAGUUCUGUCUCGAUUGUAUUGAUAUUUUGGGAACACCCUGUAUUAUAUCUGUUACUAAAAGUUGUUAAGGGUGCGUAUGGGCCAUGAAAUAUUUUAGAAAGGAAUUGCAUUGCUUUUCACUUUCUAGCACGCAAAUAAACUGCGAGCUAGCUCGAUAAUAGCGAAAUAAGAAAAGUGUUUCGUGUUAUUUGAAUAAUACCACAUAUUAAGGUGUUUAAUUUUUAAUCAAUAUACGGUUCACGUGACUUCUGCUUUAAUUUGUAUGUUAUCACCUACAAACACUGCGAUUUCUGGUUAGUUCGUCUGAAUCAUAGCUGAAAAACAGGUUAAGCGGCAGUGAGAACUGCAAAUGAUGUAUAAUGUUAAGCUGAAAUCAUAUGUAUGUCAAUUAUUCAUUGAAGAAAACACCAAUUGUGCCUUCCAUUCUAGUUUAAAUUAAAUUUAUUCUGCUAAAACACGUUAUGAUGUAAUCAUAUCAAAUAUUUAAGUAUAGAUUAAAUGCAUCGACUAUUAUAAAUAAUAUAAAAUGAAAUAAAUAAUAUGUUUAUUAUGAAGCUUA